GUUCGAGAGAUCCCAUCGAAAGGCUGCGUUGGGGGUUCUUGCUCGUUUUUCCCAUCGGAUUGUCACUCUUCUUUUCUCCGAUCGAAUUCCGAUCCCUUUUGCUCGCCCUCGCUCGCCGGUAACCCUCGUUCGACUUUGAUGGAUCUGGCGGUGGAGGGGCGGCACGCGCUGCUGUUCGACGACGACGCGACGGCGGCGUUCGUGAACUCGCGGGACGCCCUCGUCCCCUGCGCCGCCGACGCCUCCCUUCUCAUCGACCGCUACGACGUCCGCCACCUCCUCGAUCGAAUCCCUCCUCGCCCUCCUCACAGGAGGCACCUCCAUCACGAAGACCCUGGUGGCGACGUCUCCCUCUCCGACCUCAAUCACGAGCGAUACCUCGAUCUCCCUCCUCCUGGCGACGGCGAUGGCGACGGCCAGGGCAGAGAUUUGUCUCUUCCUUCAGGAACAAUGAAUGGUCCAGAAGUAACAGUUUCUGGUACUUAUCAGGCUGUUCCUUUCUCAUAUGGCGACACUGAUGGUUCAUUUGAUCCAGUGAACUCUGGUUCUGGGCUGAAUCAAUCUUGUUAUCGUCCACCAUUUCCAGUUCCUGAAAGCUUACUGAGCAACUUACCUCCUACAGAGAAAUUGCAUCAGAUAAUUGCCAGAACUGCUAUAUUUGUUAGUGAGCAUGGAGGACAGUCAGAGAUUGUCUUAAGGGUGAAGCAAGGAGACAACCCAACUUUUGGGUUCUUGAUGCCUGACCAUCAUCUUCAUGCGUACUUCCGCUUCCUUGUUGAUCAUCCUCAAUUUUUGAGAGCCGAUCUAGAUUCCAGUAGAGCACAAGAAGAGAAAAAAACACAGAAUGAAGAGGAUGAGACAUGCGCUGCAGCAGGUGGAGCAUUAUCAUUGCUUGGAUCUUUUUAUGGUUCUGGAGAGGAUGAUGAUGGUGCUGUUCAAGCUGACUCUAAGGGCAUGGAAUCUUGCACCUCUGUAGUUGUUGCUAAUGCAACACUUACUCAUAAAUUAAAAGAAAGAGAAUCCUCUGCCUCUAAGGCACCAGAAGAUAAAGAAGCAAUCAAGCGUCCAGCUGCUGCUGCUAAAGAGAAAGUCACCUCAAUCAAAAGGAAUCAGCUUGCAAAUGCUUCCAUUGUUAAUUCUGCAUUGAGCAAGAAAGCAGGAGAUAGUGGUGUAUCGCGUUCUGGUGCUAUGAACAAGCCACAAAAUUCCCAACCAAGCAUUUCUAAUGCCAAACCACUGAUUUUGGAGCCUCCAACUUUCUUGAAAAGGAUGAUGGAUAAAAUAGUCGAGUUCAUUCUUAGAAAUGGAAAAGAAUUUGAAGCGGUUCUUAUUGAGCAAGAUAAAACAACUGGAAGAUUUCCCUUUCUUCUGCCGUCCAACCAAUAUCACUCAUAUUAUCUUAAACUUCUGCAAGAAGCUCGCGAGGGACCCGCUGGGUUUAAGAAGAAAGUGCAAGAAGCAGCUACUAAAGAAUCAGCUGAUUAUGACCAGGACUCGGCAGAGCCAUCUGAAGGGUGGUUGUACAACCUGCAGAGGAAGGAGAAAUUCAAGAUGGUAAUUGGUGGGCCAAAGAAGGAUUCACAAGAACAGUGCUCUGUGCCUGCUAGACAGUCUGGAGUGAGCACAGAUGAAGCUGCUGCUAUUGUCCUGGCAGCCACAAGAGGUGUGAGCCCUUCCAAUGCUCGUCAGAAUGUGUCACUUGAUGAAUCUGGUCCAGGUCGCAUGCAUGGGGAGGGUGGACGUGCCUCCAGUAUGGGAAGCUUGUCCUCUUUUAAAGGUCAGAGUCUGAACUCUAAGCCUCCUUCCAACAAUGAAGGAGGUGUUUCUUUGCCCACAUCCAGUGGAGAGAUAAAAAGAGAAGGAUCUGGAACGAUUGAUGAUGUAUGGAUUGCAAAGGCUAUUGCAAAAACUGCAGCGCUCGUAGCCUCUAGUGAAGCUGACUCUUCUGAAGCUUCAUUAACAAAGGAGCAAAAGCUGAAGGCUGAGAGGCUGAAACGUGCCAAAAUGUUUGCAGCUAUGAUAAAGAGUGGCAGUCACCGCAUUGAAGAAUCGGUUAACUCAGCUACUGCACCAAGUAGGCCUCUAGACGCUUCAGCUGCUGGAUCGGCCCUCUCUGGUGCAGAUUCAGAUCUUGUGACCAAGGAACGAGAAGGUAGCUCGGUGCCUUUUGAUGCUGAGGCCGCAGAUAGGGUGAAGUCCCGAGAGAAAGGUUCUAAUUAUGAUCAUGAGAGGGAGAGCAAGUCUAGGAAGAACCACCACCCAAGAUCAAAAGACCAUGACCAUGAAGAAGACCCAGAAGAAAACCAUAAGCAUUCCAGGAAGAAGCAUCGAUCUGAACAUUCUUCAAGCCAUGGCAAGGAUGAACGCAAACAUAGGAAGAGUCAUUCUUCCAAGGACAAGGAGUCCAGACAUCAUCAAAAGCACCAUAGUCCUUCAGAAGAUGAGCACAGACACAGAAAAAGUUCCAGUUCACGACAUCAUCAUCACAAGAAUCAUGACAUCUCUGAAGAUGAGGAUCAAGAGAGGAAAAGAUCUGGCAGGCACCACAAGAGAAAACAUAACUCACACUCUGAGAGGAAAGAAACUGAAGGUGAGGAUGAUCUAGGUACUGUACGUCAUUCAGAAAGCACUGUAAGAUUGCUAAAUCAUGAUCAAGAACCAGGGAAACCUGCAGUUUCUGACGCUCAACCCUCUGAUGCCACCACAGAAAUUCCCAAUGAGCUACGGGCCAAAAUUCGAGCCAUGUUGCUAGAAACAAUGUAGCUAGCUUCAUGCUUCAAAAAUAAUUGUUCUGUCCUGCUCUCUCUCUUGUUCGGAGUUAUGGCUUUGUUGUGUACUGAAAUGUGCUCCAUAAACUCAGGACUUCAACAUCUUUCCAUCUUUUUCUUGCUUAUGCCUGCACUGAUGAAAUUUUUAUGGUGUUGGAAGCAUCUAUUAUGCUUUGUCAGAAAUCCAAAAUUAGUGGAAGAUGAUGGCGUGCCUUUCACCAA